CAUAGAUUCGAUUUCACUUAUUUUCACACAGGCGAGAACCGCCAUGGCCAGCAUCCUUGCUCAGGAGCGUCUACUUGGCGCUGUCCUGGGAAGUGCAUUCGCCGGAGUUAUGAUCUUUGAGCAGCGCAGAGACAUCUACAAGACAAUUGCACAAAAUCAACCUAAAUCCGAGAUGAAAGAGCCUAAUUGUGGAAAUAAAUCUCGAUUUGAGUUUGGGCAUUAUUGGAACAAAGCAGUGGAUCAGACUUUUGGACCAGCAAUCCAGAUGCUUAGCUCGUGACGAUGAUCUUGAUGCUGAUACAUUUUAUGGUAUGUCAUUCAAGUGAUCCUCUUUAUGCAUUGUAAUUUAUAACCUUUGCUUCAUGUAACGAAGGUAAGAAAGACGAAGCUAGUUCUGCAUUACAUUUCUUCGGUGCUCUUUAGGUCAUUGGGUAUUUUUUAACUGUUUUACCUCCUGUAACUAUAACUUGCUUUAGCUUUAGGAUGACCAGUUUCAGAGACAUAUAAUACAGAACUACAUGCAUUAAUUACUAA